AUGACUAGUCACCCGAUCCAGAAUGAUAAGCUGCACGCCGAGUGGCAGGAUGUUGUCCAUGAAGAGAAUGGCUCGGUCAACGCCACCAACCCGCAAAGCGGCGUCCAAUCCGCGAAAAUCCAAAACCCGCUCAUACACAUGAGCGAGGAUGAAUGUAUCCGCGAAGUCGAUGCUUUUUCAAAAGAGCACAGAUUCGAGGACAUCCAGCCCCUGCUUCGCAAGGGCGCGCUUAUUGCGCGCGACCCUACAAAUUUUGCCACCGUUCCUGGCAUUACCAAAGAAGAGAAGAGUGCCGUUGCAAACGAAGUCUUGCACAAGUGGCGCCAGCCCAAGGUCCUCUACUUCACGAUCAUCCUCUGCUCUAUCGGUGCAGCCGUACAGGGCUGGGACCAAACGGGUUCUAACGGUGCAAACUUGUCGUUCCCAGAAGCUCUUGGUAUUCCUGUCCGAGCGUCCACCCCUCAGAAUCCCAACCCAAACGCUGAACGCAACCAAUGGUACCAAGGGUUAAUCAAUGCUGGCCCCUACAUUGCCUCUGCUUUCUUCGGAUGUUGGUGCUCGGAUCCUCUGAACAAUCUUUUUGGCCGUCGAGGUUGUAUCUUUGUGUCUGCAAUCUUCUGCGCUCUAUCUCCCAUCGUAUCUGCCGUUGCUCAGACCUGGGAACAGCUUCUAGUUACUCGUCUGCUUCUCGGCAUAGGCAUGGGAUGCAAAGGCGCCACAGUCCCCAUCUUCGCCGCCGAGAACGCGCCGGCCUCCAUUCGCGGUGCUCUGGUUAUGACUUGGCAAUUGUGGACCGCUUUCGGUAUCUUCAUGGGCACAGUCGCUAAUCUGGCUGUCAAGGAUACAGGGAAAAUCUCUUGGAGAUUGCAGUUUGGCUCCGCUCUGCUUCCUGCGCUCCCACUUCUAAUUGGUGUAUUUUUCUGUCCAGAGUCUCCUAGAUGGUACAUCAAGAAAGGCAAAUAUCACCAAGCGUACAGAUCCCUCCUACGUCUCAGGAACAACGAGGUGCAGGCCGCUCGCGAUCUAUACUACAUCCAUGCCCAGCUCCGUGUAGAGGCUGGAGCCCACACUGUCAGGAACAACUACAUUACCCGAUUCACUCAGCUCUUCACAGUCCCCCGACUCCGACGAGCUACAGUCGCGUCUGGCACUGUGAUGAUUGCCCAGCAGAUGUGCGGAAUCAACAUCAUCACAUUCUACUCUAGCACAAUCUUUGAGCAGGCUGGCGCCAGCGUGACCGAAUCUCUUAUUGCAUCCAUGGGUUUCGGUCUGGUCAAUUUUGUGUUUGCUUGGCCAGCUAUAUGGACCAUCGACACCUUCGGCCGCCGAACUCUUCUGCUCUUCACCUUCCCUCAAAUGGCUUGGACCUUGCUUGCUGCAGGUCUGUGCUACCUAAUCCCACAAAGUAGCAAGGCUCACCUCGGACUUGUCGCUCUGUUCGUCUACCUUUUCGGAGCCUGGUACUCUCCAGGCGAGGGGCCUGUCCCCUUCACGUAUUCCGCAGAGGUCUUUCCGCUUUCCCACCGUGAAGUCGGUAUGUCGUGGGCUGUGGCAACUUGCUUGUUCUGGGCUGCCGUUCUCUCCAUCACCUUCCCACGCAUGCUUAGCGCGCUCACCCCAGCCGGUGCGUUCGGUCUGUACGCAGGCUUUAACCUCAUAGCACUCGUGAUGAUUUUCCUGUUUGUGCCAGAGACAAAGCAACGAACACUUGAAGAGCUUGACUACAUCUUCGCGAUUCCACAGCGUACUUUUAUGCGCCACCAAUGCUUCACUGUUCUGCCCUGGUGGAUCAAGACAUGGGUUCUGAGGAAGAAGAUUGGCCCAUGCCCUGCACUUUGGAGCUUCGAGGGCGCUGAAGAAAAGGAGCAACAGGAUGCUGUGCGCCGAGCCAGUGUCGGCGCGGCAGGCGAAGACCCCACGCAGAGGAGGUCUAGCAACACAGAGAAGAUUUCGGGGAAGUUUCAGGUCUACACGGGAAGAUGUAGGAGGAACGAAGCGAAUGACGGCACGAACGACGAUGUGAUGGCAAAUAGCAAGAUGAUGUCCAAGCACCGCAAUGGAACACUUUCUGCACUGCAACAUUUGCGUACUCACACGUUGGACAGCACGUUGACCUUGCGAGUGCUGUCCAGUUUCGUACAUAGACCCCUAGCAACAGUCGAAGCUACUGUAGGGCCCUCAUGGGUGGGCAGAUGUGCAUUCCCUGACUGCAACUCGACUGGGCAUGAAAUGAGCACGACACAUGUCAAUGGAAGAAUGCAACGUGCACGGUCUCGACGCAUUGCAGCCACGAUCGCUAUUCGCAUGUUCAGAACAGAUAGGAGUGUGUUGCUGUAA